AUGACAGAUUUGGGUUAUAAAUACACUAAACCUCGUGCUCCUAUUGGUGCUAUGUAUGCAAGUCCAGGACCCAUAUACAUGUUGCCUACACUCAUUGGAGAAAAAAAUCAUGACAUGCGCAGCACCCAUCCAAAAGCCCCUGCCUAUAGCCUAGCUAAGCCACUGGAGGAAAUUACUUUCGAAAGAAGUCCGGGGCCAGCUGCAUAUGCUCAAAACUCUAAACUAACCAACACCGGUGAAGCCUAUUCUCCGAAGUAUACCAUAACUGGCAUACAGAAACCUCUGAAAUUUGGUCAAGGACCAGGUCCAGCUGACUAUGAUAUCCAACCAGCUAAACGAAUUGUUUUUCCUGGCAUACCUGCAUAUCCUAUGGGUACUCGCCUGAAGGACAGGAAGACAGAUGACACACCUGCUCCAAAUGCGUAUUCUUUGCCUCCACCUUCAACGCAAAGUGAUAUUGCCACACCUCCAAAGUAUACAAUGGCCGGUCGUCAUGAUGGAUUCAUUAUUACUAAAAACCCUGGACCAGCAGAUUAUACUGUCGGUUCCCCUGAUGUCUAUAUGACAGCUGCACCAAAAUAUACAAUGGGAGUUACAUUACCAGAUAGGAAAUUUGCCGACUAUCCUGGACCACUGACUUAUCGUCCUGAAAAUGUAAGUGAAGUUUAUAACUGUAUUGAUAAUAAACUUGAAUAA